CUUGAAUAACAUCUUCCAUAUUCCACAUCUGAAAUAUGAUUUGAUUUGAGCCUUGUUUGCAUGUGUCUGUUCAACCAUAAUGCUCCAUGCAGGGAGUCAAGUGUGAGGUGUAUUUGAGGGUAGGAAAAACAAUCACAAAAUCAAGUGUCUGCACUAAUAAGAAAUGUUUUUAUUCAUUGCAGUCCCAUUACAAAUAAAGUUUUUAUCAUAGUUUAACAUUUUUAAACAACUUGCUAUGGAGUUUUAUUUUGAAAGUGAUAACCGGAAGCUGAAUCGUUAACAGUGUUGUGUUGACGCUCCCUCGUAAUUGUUGGGUGUUCACCUGAUUGACUCAGAGGAUGAAGUGAACAUUGAAUGAGAGGAGACAUUUCCACAUCCAUGAAAGAACUGAUGAACCGUCGAAAACUGUUACAGGGACUCUUGGAGACGACUUAACUUUAGUUUAAGUGUUGAAUAUACUUCCUGUCUCAAGACUCUGUCUCUUCUCCUCAGCAUGGCUGAGCUGCUGCUCAUCAAGGAUCAGUAUGAGUUGGCGUUUCAUUCUCUGAACCGUGGACUCUCAGCUGAAGAAGGCGGGAAAAAAGAUGAGGCCUUGAUGUAUUACAGGAAAGGACACAUGCAUCUCACUCAAGGUGUGGAGGUCCCUACUGCAGGGCCGAGGCACCAUGGAGCGGUCUGGGACACGGCCAGGCAGCUUCAGCAGAAAAUGAGGGACACCCUGCAGACUGUCAACGGCCACCUUUCUGACCUGCAGUCCUCUCAGGUGACGCCAGUGCCCCAGAGGAGCUUUCUGUUAAAAAACCUUGAUCCUCCCAAAAGCUCUCUAAACCACCUGUACCCCACUGUACCUACUACCAACCAGAACACAACCCCAACCCCCAAAACCCCCCCUCCCAGGCCUCCUUCCCCUGCUGUGUUGCACACACACACACUCCCUGCAGCGGCGCCAGGAACAACAGCCAUGGCAAACACAGGGGAACAACCUCCAGUAUACACACUGCAGCCAACAGCCGGCCACCGCAGCCUGUCUUACAGUCCUGCUGCUGGAGGAGGAGGCCUCCAGACUGGAGCAGCUGCAGGCAGAGAUGGACACGAGCUUAUUUUCAUCCCCUCAGGGGUGCAGAUGUUUUUCGUGGCACCAAAUGGACAGGUCAGCUCCCUGUCCUACCCGGGGUUCCUUCGCAUCAUCACAUUUGAGAACCAGAAAAAAGAUGUCACAGGAGGGAGGCCCUCAGCAUUUCUACAUGUGUGUGACUGUUUGUACCCGCUGACAACAGACACCCCAGUCCUGCUGGCUAACUCUGGGGUCUACAUGUUCCCUGACUGCAUGGCAAAGGUGCCAGGCUCCUACGUGGGCAUUGUGUUGUCCUCUGAGCUGCCUGCUGCUGACCGAGAGAUGUUUAAAGACAUCCUAUCGCAGAUGGCUGAGCUCAGGAUCCAAGGUCCUGUGGGGUCAGAUGUCAUCAAUCUGAGUGAGAAAAUCCCCCUCGGUACUGCAGGAGGGCAAACAAUGCUGGUUGGACCCACAGGGGAGAGGGAAAAACUACUUCCUGGCUGGAGUGAGAAGAUGGCACAAGGGAUUCUGUCAGGUGCCACAAAGGUGAGUCAUCAACUUGUGAGAGGGGCAGAGGCCACUGGUAGAGCCAUCCAUAGAGGAGCAUCCAAGAUCAGAGACCACAUUACACCUGAGGACACCCCUUCAGAGGUCAGCCCCGGUGUCACCAGAAGUCUGUACGUGGCUAAAAAGGCCACUGGGGGCGCUGUGCGGGUCAGCCAGUUCUUGGUUAAUGGAGUGAGCUCAGUGGCAGGACAUGUGGCAGAGAAGGUGGCGCCCCAUGUGAAGAAACAUGGUGCUAAGCUGGUCCCGGAGUCUCUGAAGAGCAAAGACGGUCAGCCGUCCAACGUGGAUGGAGCCAAGCAUGUGGCAGCCAGCGGUGUGCAUGGUUUCUCUGCUAUCUGGACGAGUAUGGAGACUGGAGCAAAGCUCAUUGCCAAAAGCGUCGCAUCAGAGACUGUCAUGUGUGUGACUUACAAAUUUAGGGGCUUAGAGAAUCUAUUAAACUUGUCCAAGAACAUAUGACUGCAUGGGGGAGUAAAGGCAAAGACUUUUGAACUAACAAUUUUCCCUGCUUCAUUUAUACUCUUUCAUUAACACAUAUAAAGUCAGAAAACAGCCCUCAAUGAGUUAAAAUCCUAAUCCUAACCCCACAGAUUUGGCCUUAUAACGUUUAAUCAAACUGACUUUCUUUGAUUCAAAUUUUGUCUGGACGUUUUAUUGUGUUUUGGGUUCUUUUUUGACUUAUUGUAGUUUGGCCAGAAUUCCAUUCCUACUAGAAAGGCCAUGAGGUCAUUUUGACUGCCAGAUUCCAAAUUGUAGUAUCUGUUAUGAUAAAUACCCAAUAUAAAGUGUGAGGUGUUUUUAUUGUUUAAGAAUAUACUGUAUAUGUAUAUAUAGGAUGAAACCCAAUUCAUGAUGGGUGAGUUCAGGUACACAACGAAACAUCUAGGAGGCUGAAUAGCCGUUAUAACAGCAGCAGGUGGACAACAAUACGGAAGAGUCUCUUUGCAGAGGACCAUGAACACAGAUAAAUACAGCACAAAGCUCUUAACCCAGACCUCUCCUGACAAUGUCCCAGAGCCCACUCAGACCUCGGUCAAAGUCUUUUAAGAGACCAGCAGCUCUCUCCAUAUUUAGCAGGUCAAGGUAAUCCUCCAGCCAAGAGUCCUUCAUGAAGCAUGCUGGCCUUCACUCCCUCCAACUAAGAAGAAUCAGACUUUUAACCGAAAGGCACCCAAGGGCCCAAAGGCGUGUGACAGCAGGGCUAGUUUUAGUCUGGGGCUUAUAGCUCAAAAUGCAAACAGAAGAGGAGAAGGGAAGAGCAGUAUGCAAAAUUCCUGUCAUGACGGCAUGCACUUCUGACCACAAGGACUUUUAUCGGCUUCUAAUUCGGUCUGCGGCGCUGUCCAAUUCCUGAAACAGCAGUCAUCUCUCUCUUCGUGCUUCUCUUAACCAUAAUUGCACAAAUAGAGUUGUUUAUUUUUCUCAGUUUUGAUUCAAAAUCUUUCAAAUAGCAUUGUACCCUAACUCAAGGCAGUCAUUGACUGCCUGUGGCCAAAGUAGGUAAAUAUCAAUCAAUCAAUCAAUCAAUCAAUCAAUCAAUCAAUCAAUCAAUCAAUCAAUCAAUCAAUCAAUCAAUCAAUCCACCUUUAUUUAUACUCGAGAGAUCAUUGAGGGGCAACCCUCAUUUACAAUGAUAUCAAGUCAUUUACAGUGACAUUUAAAAAACAUCACAUGCAUCAAGAGUAUCAAAGUCAUCAAAUAGGAUAAUUCUUUUUUUUUUAUAUAAAAACAAUUAAAAGAUCAAAUAAAAUGACUAUAAAAGCACUAUAUAAGAAAGGCCGAUGAUACAAAUGAUAUAAUAAUAUACACAGGUUAAUCUAGCUAAAACAGUUGCAGAGCGGGGUUGAAAGGUUAAAAAUUAGGAUUCUUAAUUGUCCAAAAGUUAAAAGUGCAUUUAAUUCAAGACACUGCUGCAACUUGUCCCAGGAGUCAGGAGCAGAGAAACAAAAGGCAGUUUUUCCCAGUUCUGACCGAACUCGAGGAACAUGCAAAAGUAGCUGUUUUGAGGUGCGAGACUGUGGUCUGGGUAUUUAAGAAGUUCAGUGAGGUAUGGUGGUAAUUUUCCUAAAACAGCUUUAUAGAUAAAAAGAUUCCAAUGGAUAUUGCGUAUUUCAUGGAGAGAGGGCCAGCCAACCUUAUUGUACAGAAUGCAAUGAUGUGUGUGAAAGGGGUCACCUGUAAUAAACCGUAACGCAGAGUGAUAAAUGGAGUCAAGACGUUUGAGGGUUGAGGAUGGUGCGUUUGACAAAAAAAAAACAUGAUCAUAUAAUUGUUGCCUUCUGUGCAAUUUGUAUAAAUGACAUUUUAAAUACUUAAACACACAACUUUAGGAAAAAUCAGGAACCAGCGGCUCUGUAAUCUUUGAUUGAACAAAGUUACAUGAAUUAUAAAUGUUAAAACAGUCAAAAUGACCCCCUUUGGCAUUUCCAGUGUUAAGCCUCUGUCAUGUGUUUGAUUUACUGAGCCUGUUUUCGGGUAUGUUAAACAUCUGCUUGUGUUGGGUGGUUCUGCUUUUGCUGUUCAUACCAUCUAUUUCCUGGUUUGUUGCUAAUAAAACUGCU